UUUUGAGGCGGGGCUUGAGUUGAUGCUUUAUAUAUUCAUGCCUUCGUACACUGUAAUCAGACGCAUAUUACUUGAUUUCAGUGCGGUUUACCAAUCCUACUUUUUGAAGAACGCAAUCCAGCGAAAGCCAUUCAGCAAAAUAUUUUAACAACCAGUCCGGUGAUGGAACUGACAAUAAGACUGCUGGGAGGAGAUGGGAAGCGUCUGGUAGUGAACGGAGAAGCCACAGUUGGCGAACUCAAGCAGCGCACUUCUCAGCUCUUCGGAGAGCCUCCUUACAAACAGAAGCUUUCUGCCGAUAACGGAACCCAUAUCAGCCUCGAUGAUGAUUCCAGAACACUCAGCAGUUACGGGUUGCACUCUGGAUCAGUGGUGAGUCUGCUCAUCACGAACCCCGGACCUUUCCAAGUGUUCGUCAGAAAUGAGAAAGGUCAGACUGGAACGUAUGAUGUUGAUGUCAAUGAGACCGUCGAUCAGCUCCAGACUAAGAUCUUCAACAAACUGAGAGUCCCAAAGGACCAGCAAAGACUGGUUUUCAACGGAAGACAGCUGGAGCCUGGCAGGAAGUUGCAAGAAUACGACAUCACACCACUAAGCACCAUUCACAUGACUCUCCGUCUGCGAGGAGGUUGAUCGGUGAAAUGUGUGCAAAAAGGACUAAAAAGUGUUGCCGUGAAAUGUGUUAAGUGAUGUAAAUACGGUAGGCAUACUACUCAGUAUCAGAAUGUUUUGGUUUAAUAUCUUUUUUUGAUUGAUAAAACGUAGUAAUUGGGGAACAAUGUGUUAAGAGCUCAUGUAAUUGCACUGUAUUUAUCUGCAUUAAUAUAACUGUAUUAUAUAACUUUUAUCGUUAUGAAUGAUCUUGAACUGUAACUUAAAUAAUAAAUGCUCGAAUCAUUCCCAAGAA